AUAAACAAAGAGAUUUUUAAAAGAUUCGUUUUAAAAGCUUUUCUGUAACGCGAUCCAUGUAGCUUACUAGUUGCAAGUUAUUUGACUACCUUUGUCUGUGCAAAUUGAUUAUUGUUGUGCCAAAGUUACUUUCUGAUAAAUUAUAAUGGUGUUUUUUAAAUCAAAAGCCUUAAAAGCUGUAGUCUUAGGUGCAUCAGCUGUUACAGGUCUUGGAUUUGUUGUUAAUCAACAGCUUACAGCAGAAGAAAAGGUUUCGGACUCUAUAUUAGUAACUGAUCUAAUUAAAACCAAAAGGGAUACAAUUUCAGCAAUUCCUGAUCUAUUCCAAGGAAAUGAUGCUGCAUUAUCUUUGGUUCAAGCGACUCGUGCAGCUCGCAAUCUUGCCCAGCAAGCCAUGGCUGUGAAUGGCUAUCCUGGUCUUGUUGUUGGUGUCUCGAUUAAAGGUAAGCCUUGUUGGGUACAAGGUUUUGGAUUCUCUAAUGUUGAAGCUGCUUCACGAUGUACCAAGGAUACAGUUAUGAGAAUUGCAAGUUUAUCUAAGCCCUUAACUAUGCUAGGUGUUGCUAAACUUGUUGAAGAGGGUAAAUUGGAUUUAGAUAAAAAUAUCUAUGAAUAUGUUGGUGGCAAGUUUCCUGAAAAAGAAUUUGAUGGACGUAAAGUUACGAUGAGCAUCCGACAAAUCGCUAGUCAUUUAGCUGGCAUUCGUCAUUACAAUUCACCGGACGAAACUUAUAAUUUUUACAAGCAUUAUUACUCAGCUACAGACGCUCUCGAAACUUUUGCCUAUGAUGAUCUUGUUGCUAAACCAGGAACAAAAUUUAACUACUCUACAUUUGGCUACACUUUAAUUGCUGCUGCCAUUGAAUCAGUUUUACCAAAUGGUAAAUCAUUUGGUCAAUACUUGAUCAAUGAUGUUUGUCGCACUGCUCUUGGAAUGUCUCAUACAUAUUUAGAUGACAGUACACCGAUCAUACUUAAUAGAGCCGCACAAUACUUUAGAGAUAAUCAAACUUUGGAAAAUGCACCUUACACUGAGAAUAGUUUUAAAUAUGCUGGAGGAGGUAUUUUAUCAUCAGUUCCUGAUUUACUUCACUUUGGCAAUGUUAUGCUUUAUAGUUUUAUGCCUCCUGAAAAUUCUAAAGGUUUCCUUAAAAAAGAAACUGUAGAUGAAUUGUGGACUCCAUCUCGAACCGGGCGUGUUUCAUUAACUCCAAACCUUUUCAGAUGGUGUCAAUAUGGUCUUGGAUGGGGAUUAAUAAGAAAUGCUCAACCUUUUCAUGCCGCUGGAGCUGUCCCACCUUUCAAAGAUGUAAUAUAUCACACAGGAUCAGCUACUGGGGGCACUACUUUGCUAGUAAUUAUCCCAGAAAAGGAGAUGGUUAUUGCAAUAAUGUGCAACUUGCAUAGCGCUCGAGGAAUUAUGUCCCUUGGUCGUGACGUGGCUCAAUUAUUUGGAAAUGUUAAACUUGAACCAUCUCCCAUUGUGACCAAUCAUAAAGAAAUCGUAGUCAAAGGCGCUUAACGACUAUUUUCACUCUCUUGAAAAUUCACAGUCAAAAUUGGAGUUAUACAGUUCCCCAAAUUGAGUUUUGCACCAUUUUUAAUAUCUUUUGCUCGCAUCCAUUUAAAUUGGAUAAAAUUGAUUUAUCAAGAAAUUAAAAUUAGAUUGAGCUGAUUUCCUCUACCUUAAAAGACGUAAAAUUGGUGCAAAACAAAUCAAUUUGGGUUGCUUUAUAAAAUUGUGAUACAUUGCAAAGUAUUAUCCAUGACUUACCUGCUCAAUUUAUUCUAUCUCACUUCGACAUUUUUCAUCAAAAUAUCUUUUUUUGCUUUCAAUACACUCCAAUUUUUUAUAAAUCUUCUUUAUCAAAGAAGACCUGCAUUUCAAAAAUUGAAAACGCUUUUUCAUCUCUUGAAUUAUGUAACCAUUAAUUAUGCCUAUUGUUUAAAUACUUUGAAGAUAUCUGAUCGAUAUUUUGAAGUUUUAAUCAAGCUAAUAACUAUUAUUAAGGAAAAAUUCAAACCUCAUGUAACUUUUUUUCAAAUGAUUAUUGUACUUUUAUAAUCAUUCAUAUAUUCUUUACGUCUUUACAAGGAUGUAAUGAUAUCUGUUUUAUCGUCAUUAAUCGCCAUUUAUUCAAACAAAAUGUUUCGUCAUAAAAAUUAUGGCUAAGAAUUAUCUAUGCCGAUUCAAUGUCUCACUUACUAUAUUAUCAUUAAAAGAAUAAGUAAUUCAAAGAAACACUUAA